AUGCCCGACACUACCGGCGACAAGCGAAGCAGCGCCGAUUCCGACGGGGCCUCUAGGAAGAAGAUGAGGAGGGAGGAUAAGCAGAACCCGUACCUUGCACACAUGUACGAGAACGGGGAUGGCGAGGACCACGAGAAUGGCGCGGACGAGAUGCCCGCGCACUCGCCGCUGGCGGGCAUGAAGCGCCGCGCCACGACGGCGAAGCAGGCGGAGAAGGCGGAGGACUCGGACUCGAAUCCCUUCACCGGGCGCGCGCACUCGCAAAAGUACUUUCAGAUUCUCCAAGGACGCCGGGACCUGCCCGUCCACAAGCAAAGGCAAGAAUUCCUCGACAAGUACCACUCGACCCAGAUCCUCGUCUUCGUCGGUGAGACGGGUUCCGGAAAGACAACCCAGAUCCCGCAAUACGUCGUCUACGACGAGCUCCCGCAGCUCAACCGCAAGCUCAUUGCUUGCACGCAGCCCCGCCGAGUCGCCGCCACGUCGGUGGCUCAGCGUGUCGCCGACGAGAUGGACGUGACCCUGGGAGAGGAGGUCGGCUACAAUGUGCGCUUCGACGACAUGUCGGGCCCUAAGACGGUGCUCAAGUACAUGACGGACGGUAUGCUGCUGCGCGAGGCGAUGCACGACCACGACAUGUCACGCUACAGCUGCAUCAUCCUCGACGAGGCGCACGAGCGCACGCUCGCGACCGACAUCCUGAUGGCGCUGCUCAAGCAGAUCGCCGCCCGCCGGCCGGACCUCAAGAUCAUCGUCAUGUCGGCCACGCUCGACGCGCAAAAGUUCCAGCGCUACUUCAACGACGCGCCGCUGCUCGCCGUGCCCGGCCGCACGCACCCGGUCGAGAUCUUCUACACGCCCGAGCCGGAGAAGGACUACGUCGAGGCGGCGAUCCGCACGGUGCUGCAGAUCCACGCGUCGGAGCCCGAGGGCGACAUCCUGCUCUUCCUCACCGGCGAGGACGAGAUCGAGGACUCGUGCCGCAAGAUCGCGCUCGAGGCCGAGGAGCUGAUCCGCGAAGUCGACGCCGGCCCGCUCGCCGUGUACCCGCUGUACGGCACGCUGCCGCCUCACCAGCAGCAGAAGAUCUUCGACAAGCCACCGCCGGCGCUGCGCAAGGGCGGGCGCCCCGGCCGCAAGGUCAUCAUCUCGACCAACAUCGCCGAGACGUCGCUGACCAUUGACGGCAUCGUGUACGUGGUGGACCCGGGCUUCAGCAAGCAAAAGAUUUACAACCCGCGCAUCCGCGUCGAGUCGCUGCUCGUGUCGCCCAUCUCCAAGGCGUCGGCGCAGCAGCGCGCGGGUCGCGCGGGCCGCACCAAGCCCGGCAAGUGCUUCCGGCUGUACACGGAGAAGGCGUUCAAGAAGGAGCUCAUCGAGCAGACGCACCCGGAGAUCCUGCGCUCGAACCUGGCCAACACGGUGCUGGAGCUCAAGAAGCUCGGCGUCGAGGACCUGGUGCACUUUGACCUGAUGGACCCCCCCGCCCCGGAGACCAUGAUGCGCGCGCUCGAGGAGCUCAACUACCUCGCCUGCCUCGACGACGACGGCGAGCUGACCGCGCUCGGCUCGCUCGCCUCCGAGUUCCCGCUGGACCCGGCGCUCGCCGUGAUGCUCAUCUCGUCGCCCGAGUUCUACUGCUCCAACGAGGUGCUCAGCCUGACCGCGCUGCUCUCCGUGCCGCAGGUCUUCGUGCGGCCCGCCAACAACCGCAAGCGCGCCGACGAGAUGAAGGCGCACUUCUCCCACCCGGACGGCGACCACCUGACCAUGCUCAACGUGUACCACGCGUUCAAGGGGCAGACGGCGGCGGCGGCGAAGCAGUGGUGCCACGAGCACUUCUUGUCGCACCGCCACCUGAACAGCGCGGACAGCGUAAGGGCGCAGCUCAAGCGCAUCAUGGAGGUGCAGGGCUUGCAGCUCGUGUCGACGCCGUUCGAAGACAAGAACUACUACACGAACAUUCGACGCGCGCUGCUGUCCGGCUUCUUCAUGCAGGUCGCCAUGAAGGAGAGCUCCGGCAAGAUCUACCGCACCGUCAAGGAUGACCAAGCCGUGCUAAUCCACCCAUCGACGGUGCUGCGGACCGAGUUUGACUGGGUCGUCUACCACGAGUUUGUCCUGACGUCGAAGCAGUACAUUCGUACCUGCACAGGGAUCCGCCCGGAGUGGUUAUUGGACAUUGCCCCGACGUACUACGACCCGGAGACGGUGGACCAGCCCGACAUCAAGCGGGCGCUGGUGAGGGCCGCGGAGAAGAAGCGUAGAAAGGCAGCCAUGAAGGCGGGCAAGUGA